ACAGGUGCUAGAGUUGCAACAGUGGGCAAAAAGUCUCCAAGUGAGCUAAUGUAGACUUUGCUUAAGAAUCAUUAACUAAAUCCCUGUUUCUUUCCAUGGGAGCUCCAGCUAAAGUCACGUGACUUGGUGUAAAACAAGAUCAUUACCUAUCAGUGCAAACAUAUGGCAAGUGUGCCCGUAUUAUUGCUUAUCUCCAAGAGCGCAAGGGGGCUGUGACAUUUCAAGCAAAGCCUAUUGGUGAGGGAGUUUCUGUGUGAGCUUUCUUAAAGAAGUGCUUCCUUUUUAAUCUUAAUACUGCAUGGGAAAAUAUACCAAACACUUUUCUCUGAAACUAGAAGAUUUACAUAAUUCUUCUGCUUCAAUGGAAAGAGAAGAAAUGCUGGUACAACGUUUUGUUAUGGCUGUAAGAUUUGUAUUUAUCUGUACUGUGGAAAGUUAGUUUCCCUUCUUCUGAGAUGCAUUUCUCAGAAAAGGAUGGUUUUGAAGAUGACUUUAGUAGAAGAGUUGUUGCUGCCCAUGAAAGACUUCCUUCUGGAAUCUUGUCUCAGACUAUGAACUACGUAGGACAACUUGCAGGACAAGUGCUGGUUACUGUGAAGGAGCUGUACAAAGGUAUUAAUCAGGCCACCCUUUCAGGAUGCAUUGAUGUCAUUGUGGUCCGGCAACAGGAUGGUACAUACCAGUGUUCUCCUUUUCAUGUCCGAUUUGGGAAGCUUGGUGUACUGCGCUCUAAAGAAAAAGUGAUUGAUAUAGAAAUUAAUGGUGAUGCUGUUGAUCUUCAUAUGAAACUGGGUGACAAUGGAGAAGCUUUCUUUGUACAAGAAACUGAGGAAGAAAAUGAAAAAGUUCCUGCUUAUUUGGCAACAUCUCCAAUACCCACUGAAGACCAGUUUUUUAAAGACACUGACAGUCAUUUGAAAUCGGGGGAAAAUGAGAGGACAUGUGCAAACUCUGAAAUUCCACACUCUGUGGAAACAGAGAUAGUAUUCACCCCAGGUUCUGUGAAAAAGAAAAAAAGAAGAAGAAAGAAAUACAAACAAGAUAGCAGGAAGGAAGAUCAGAUAUCUUCUGCUGGGACGGAAGAGAUUUUUGAAAUGGAAAUAAGCUCUGAUGAUGAAAAAAGUGUUCAACCCAUAAGAGGAUCCUCAAAUUCAUCGCCAAAGGGUGAAGAACAAAAAGAAUCUUUGAUUUACCACUCGAAGGAUCAUUACCCAUUAUCUGAUGGAGACUGGUCCCCUCGGGAGAACCCUUUCUCUGAGCCAGUCUGCCCGAAAAGUGAUUCAGAACUAGAAGUUAAACCUGCUGAGAGCUUGCUCCGAUCUGAAUCUCACAUGGAAUGGACAUGGGGAGGAUUCCCAGAAUCGACUAAGAUAAGCAAGAAAGAGAAACUGGAUCAUCCCAGAACAGCUACCAUUACUCCAUCAGAGAAGACUCAUUUUAGGGUCAUCCUCAGCUCUGAUGAAGUUGAAGAUGAUGAUGAUGUGAAAGAUUCUGUCUGUACAGUACUGAAACCUGAGCCAAGAACUCAUCCUCUGCUUAAGCAGAUGGAUGUUAAAGAUUCUCUUGCUUCUGCAAUCACAGAACCACAAGACCCAUUUCCGUUGGAUGCUGAUCAUCAUUCCAGACUGUUGGUGGACCCUUUACCAGAAACAAAGCCAACAGCAAAAACUGACUCUCCUUCAAAAAAGAAAGGGGUGCACAAACGAAGUCAUCAUCAGGGGCCUGACGAUAUUUACUUGGAGGACCUAAAGGCUUUGGAACCUGAAGUUGCAGCACUCUACUUUCCCAAAAGUGAUUCUGAUCCAGGCUUCAGACAGUGGACAGAGUCAGAUACCCUUUCCGGUUCGCAGUCACCCCAAUCAGUAGGAAGUGCCGCUGCUGACAGUGGUACAGAGUGCAUGUCUGACUCUGCUAUGGACUUGCCUGAUGUUACACUAUCACUUUGUGGAGGUCUCAGUGAAAAUGGAGAGAUUUCUAAAGAAAAAUUCAUGGAACAUAUUAUUACUUAUCAUGAAUUUGCUGAAAAUCCUGGACUCAUAGACAAUCCUAAUUUGGUAAUAAGGAUUUAUAACAGGUAUUAUAACUGGGCAUUGGCUGCUCCAAUGAUCCUGAGUUUGCAGGUGUUUCAGAAGAGCUUGCCUAAGGCUACUGUUGAGUCUUGGGUCAAAGAAAAGAUGCCAAAGAAGUCUGGAAGGUGGUGGUUCUGGCGCAAGAGAGAAAGCAUGACUAAACAGAUACCAGAGACAAAAGAGGGGAAAACUGAGACGCAAAGAGCAAACGAACUGCCAGCAACUAUAAAAGAGCAAGUUAAUAGCAGACCUCCAGAAGAUGAUUCUUCUAGUGAUGAAGCAUCACAGGAGUUGAAGGAAUCCCUGAAAAUAGAUUCUCCCCCAGCAGAGCAUCCAACCCAUGGGAACAUUACAUCUUACAAGAAGUCACUUAGACUGUCUUCGGACCAAAUAGCAAAAUUGAAGCUCAGAGAUGGCCCUAAUGAUGUUGUAUUUAGUAUUACAACCCAAUAUCAAGGGACUUGCCGUUGUGCAGGAACAAUAUAUCUCUGGAACUGGAAUGAUAAAAUCAUCAUAUCAGACAUUGAUGGAACAAUUACCAAGUCUGAUGCUUUAGGACAUAUACUCCCUCAUCUUGGCAAGGACUGGACGCAUCAGGGCAUUGCAAAACUCUAUCAUUCCAUAAAUGAAAAUGGCUACAAGUUUCUGUACUGUUCUGCCCGUGCCAUUGGGAUGGCAGAUAUGACCAGAGGAUAUCUACAUUGGGUGAAUGACAAAGGAACAAUUCUCCCCAGGGGCCCUCUGAUGUUGUCCCCCAGCAGUUUGUUUUCUGCCUUUCAUAGGGAAGUGAUAGAAAAGAAGCCUGAAAAGUUCAAAAUCGAAUGUUUGAAUGAUAUCAAGAAUUUGUUUGCUCCCAGUAAACAGCCUUUCUAUGCUGCUUUUGGAAACAGGCCCAAUGAUGUAUAUGCCUAUAUGCAAGUGGGAGUUCCAGACUGCAGAAUAUUUACUGUGAAUCCAAAGGGUGAACUGAUCCAAGAACGGACUAAGGGAAACAAAUCUUCGUAUUACAGACUAAGUGAACUUGUGGAAUAUGUGUUCCCACUGCUUAAUAAAGAACAGAGUUCUGCCUUUCCAUGCCCAGAAUUCAGCUCCUUUUGCUAUUGGAGAGAGCCUCUUCCUGACCUUAACAUGGACGACUUGGCCUGAAAAACACUUCUCACCUAGAGAUGGAAUUUCAUACUCAGCUACUCAACUUCAGUUUAAAUGUGAAGAACUUUCUUAACAAAGAUGCUAAUUUAUAUACUGGUACCAUAAGUCUUACUAAAGAAAUCACUUUAACUCCAUUGGUUUAAAACAAAGAAAAUGCAAAGCUACUAUUUUUUUUUUCUAAGGUUUGUUUGUUUCUUUAUUGCUUGUCUUUAUAUACCUGUUCUAAGGCACUUGAAAUUGGCCUGUCAUUGAUGGUCAUGGUACCCAGGUGCUUCAGGGUGACUAAAGCUGAGGUAAACUAUGACUUUGUGUUUUCAUCAAUACAGACCUUGUUGUAAACGUAGAUUCUUUUUUUUUUUUUUAUUAGUCUUAAUAGUAUAUCUUCUAAAAUGAAGCCAAAAAGUGUAUGGAAACUGCCAAAUUGAAUGUCAGACCUACUAAUAAAAAACGUGGUCUAGUGUUCAGGUGGGUAAUUAGGCCAUUUUUGAAAGGAGCCAGAACCUAAGACCAGUGUGCUCUUUCUCAGCUACAAUACAGAAAAUGUGUAGGCAUUACUAGCCUGACAGGCUCUGAAGACAUAAAAUUCCUCUUUAAAUGUAAAUACGCCUUUUGUCACAUGUACGAGGCUGUGCUUGUACAAUUCACACUCAGACUAACUCUGCUUACGACUUAUUUUACAUGCAAUGUUUCAACUUUUUCAUGAGCUUGUUAAAAUGAAAGUUGUCUUCAGGUAUUUGUAUGGCUUUUGUUGUUUUCAGGCUGCACUUUGUCAUGUUCAGUUUCCAUCAAGAAAAAUCUUGAACAUUUCUGUAAGAGUUGGGGAGCUGGCAUUUUAAUUUCCUUUUUCAACACGGAGAUGAUGCACGCAUGUGUGUUUGCUGUGUAGGCCAGUAAAAGUAUGUACAGAUUAUAUUCAGGGAAUUGUAAUACUAAAAAAAAUAUUUAAUUUUUUAAUUGUCUACUGCAGGUCUUUCCAGAAUUCUGUAUUGCAGGUUUUCAGCAGCUGGAAGGAAAUGCAGCUCAAUGAGAUUCCAGGUAUGAGAAUGGUUAAAUACUGCAGAGCAGAAUAAAACCUUUUUGUUCUUGUUUUCUUUUUUUUUUUUUUUUUGUUUUGUUGUUGUUGGGUUUUUUUCCUUUAUGUUUUGGGUUAUUCAUCAACAUCAUGCUGGUCAUUCCUCAGGUUCACAUCAGAGCCUGUGAACAAAUUGCAUUCCAAGUCCAGUGUUUAUCAGCUGUAAAAGCAGCUAGUAUUUCUCUCGAAAAAUACUUGAAAAAUACAGUAGUUCUGCUUUUUAAGCUGAGUUAGUGCAUUUAACCUCCUUCAGAUAAGUCUGUGGUGAGAAUGUAUCAUUCUACUAGCUCAAAGGGCUUAAGGACUAAAGUCAUUGAUACAUCAUUCCUCUGCUUUCUGGGGACAGUCUUUUCUGUCAUUCCUUAUGUGAGUUACUGGGGCCUCGCAUUACUCUUCCAGUGGCAACAUCCUUAAUUUCACCAGGCUCUGGGGUGAGCUUUCCCCCAACACAGCUCCCAGUGGGAGCAGGGAAAGGAGCUCUCUUGGUUUCACUACUUGCAGAAGAGUACAUUUAGAGUGUUUUGCACACAUAUUCCCCCCAGGAAUAUUUUCUUUAUCAGGCUGAGUAGUCUUAACCCACAGUUCUGAUGUAACACCAGCUAGACAGCUGGUGAACUGCUUGGGGGUAUCACUUUUAGAUCACUAUAUAAAUGAAAUUACUUUUUUUUACCCCGUUUUAAAACUCUGGUGUAUUCUUGUGCUUAUAAAACAUUAACUGAAGAGUGGAGGCAAGCAAAAUCAACAGAGAACCCCUCUUUCAAAGCAGGAGUGUGAGAGUGGAAAAGAAAACACACCUAUCUGUCAUGGUGUCCCAUGCAUGUCAGUGAACUGAAAGGCAUCCUUGUUCUUGUACAGCGAGAACAAGACUUUCUGUGACUCUCUCAGCAGAUUCUUAGUCGUGUUACCAGUCUACUCUGUGCUUAAGUGGAUUUCACAGGAUUCAACUCAAAGGAUAUUUUGCUCAUACUGGGUUGUUUUGUUUGUUUGUUUGGGGUUUUUUACUGUCAGAAGCUUACAAACAUCAUUCCCAUGUAUUCGUCUUGUUUUUCUUGCCAUUUAUUCGAUAGAUUUCAUUAGAAACUGAAUUUUUCAUGCUCACCAAGUGCUUUGAAUAUCAAUGGAAUUUGAGCUUUUAAGUCACUUGACUACUUUAAAUAAAUAAGAGUCCAACAUAAUAAAGUAUUUUAAUUACAAGAUGAAAUACUCUAUCUAAAGAUUCUAUUUUACAUAAAGGGAGUGAAGCUGCCUUUCCUGAAACAGUCCUUUGUGGAUGUCGAAAUUUUCUUUACCGUGCUUAGCUUAUUCUUAGUGGCCCUGUUUUUACAUGGCUUUUCGAAAAAUAAGAGCGCUUAAUGAAACUGGGAUGGGUUUCCAAACAGGACAGAUUGUUGCCAAGCUUUGGCCAUAUCUUUCUUGGUUAAUUUUUUUUUUCUUACUACUUGGUCUUUUUUCUCUUCCAUCCCAUGCAUCCUUUCAGAUUGUCAUAAUGAUGAGCUGUGGAUUUUAAAGUGGGGACUUGAGUUGAAUGAAUAUAAUGAAAAAAAUGAGUAAAUGAGUAUGAAGAAAAACAGUAUCAGGUGUAUUUCCAAAUGCAUAUCAUUUCAGCUGAUCUGAGUAUGGGGGUUGUGUGGUUGUAGAGAGCUCCUUAUUCUGCUAACCUGAUCUUUCGCAUUAUAGGGAUGUCCAAAAAAAUGCUUAGUUAAAAAUUUUGAUAUUUUUGCUUUGUAACAGCUACAGUUUUGAUAUUUGUUUUUUUGACAAAAUGUAAAAGUGUUCUUGAGUACUUCUGAUAUGAGUAGGGCAGAGUGGCUGUUUUGUUUUCUUUUUCUAAAUCUGGCUUGUAUUUGAAGCUUUUCAGAUUGCUUGUUAACCUAGUUUAGGGGCAGAAUAUGGGACACUGUACCUGUCACUGCUUACCUGUGUAAUUUGGACUGCUGGGCACUUUACUGACUCUAUAAAAGACAUCUCAUUGCUAUCAAAACUGUAGGCUUGUGCUGCAAUAUUAAUAUGAAGUGGAAUAAAUAGGAGUUAUGCAGUAACCUGUCAUUUGUUACCUUAGUUGAGAGAAAUGGCCUGAAACUAAUGUUUGAGAGCAAGCUGUGCUAUACUUACUUAGAAUUAGCACAAGCAAAAUCAUUCUUUCUAUGAAAGAGGAACUUCUACGUGCAUGUGUCUGUGGGCACAUGCACCCCCCUGUUAAGACUGUGUUGUUGAAGAUGCAGAGCCUCUCAGCAUUGGCACCCUGUCAAAGGCGGAGUCAGUGAUACCUAUCUGGGAGUAAACAAGGAACAUUGCAAUUCAAAACUUGUUAGUGACUUGGACAUUACCCAUUUCUAUAAUGAUUUAAAGAUCAGGAAUUCAAGUGGUACACAUUUCUGGGAAUUUUGUUGGGAUUUUUUUACUGCACCAAGCAUGUUUGUACUUCAAAGGUUGUGCACUCACCCCUAACAGUAUACAAUUGCAUGUGCAGUCCUGGCUUGUGUAUCCUUAGCUUCCCAUCACCGGUAUACUCCUCCUAAAACUUUUUUGGGUUGUUGUGUUUUGUUUUGUUUUUUUUUCCAACUGGAGAAGUUUUAACACUUGUGUCAACUCCAUUCUGGAACUUCUGAAGCAAACUCCCAAAUCUGUUUAUGGUAAAGACAAAUUUAUAACGCAACAUCAAAAAUACAGAGUUAAACUGAGAUGCCUUUAAAGAGUCACUUUUGCCUGAAGAAGUUUUACUUUCCAAAAUUAAAAUCUGUUGAAUAGAAUGGAAUUGGUUUGGAUUUUUUUACAGUGUUAAUUACUUCCAGAUGAAAGUUAAAAUGUUGGUUUGAGAGUGGGAAAACUCUUGAACCAUUUGUUUCAUUUUUAUGUUGAAGAUGUGGAAUACCUGAUUGUUAAGCAACCCAAUCACUAAUAAAGUCGUGUUUAAAACUGUCAAAUCUGUGAUCAUACCAAUACAGUGAUUUUUCAUUAAGACUGGACUAUCUUGGGUACAGUAACCCACACUUCAGUGCAAUGUUUAUUGAUGUUCAGAACAAUGUUAUCACAAUAAACAAACUUAAACUACAA